AUGAUCAAGUUGCGAUCACCUUUAAUCUUUCUCUUGCCACUCUCUGCUAUCUUUACCAGCAAGUCUCUAGCCAAGCAAACUUUGUUUGACGACCCGUACGCAGACACACGCACACGCCCUCAGAACGACAUGACACGACCGAAUUUAAAGGUUCUCAUCAGCGGCGCUGGGAUUGCUGGUAACGCUCUCGCCUUCUGGUUGACCAGGUUGGGGCAUGAUGUCACCGUCGUUGAGCGCCACCCAGUCCUACGUGUCUCAGGGCUGCAGCUCGACCUACGUAGCCACGGAAUCGAGGUGUUGAGACGCAUGGGCCUCGAGCAAGCCUUCCGAGCCAAGUCCGCGCCUGAACGAGGAAUGCAGGUUGUUGACUCUACUGGGAAGCAACGUGCGUAUUUCCCGGUGUCUGAAUCCGGUGGCAAAGACCAGCAGGGCUUCACCAGCGAGUUUGAGAUUAUGAGGGGUGAUCUGUGUCGCCUGUUCCAUGAUGCGGCCGCAAGUUCAGCUGGCAGGAAUGGGGCCAAAUACAUGUUUGGGACGUCGAUCGAGAGCUUCGAGCAAGAUGAUAACUCGGUAGACGUUCGCUUCGAUAAUGGCAAGACAGACCGAUUUGAUCUCUUGGUCGGUGCUGACGGCCAGUGGUCACGCACGCGCAAAAUGAUGCUUGGCCUUGGGAAUGAGAGCUCUGGAGCUACGCCUGCCGACGGACUGCAUCCGGUUGAAGGCCUCUAUUUUGCAUACUUCACCCUGAAUCGCCCAAUUGAGGAGGGCGAACAGUACCUUGCAACCUCUUAUAUUGCUCCUGGGAAAAGAGGUAUCAUGACGCGGAGGCACAGCCCGCAUGAGAUGCAGGUGAUGCUUGCGUGCAAGACAGAUUCCCACCGACUAAAAAAUGCUAGACGCGGAGACGUGGAGGAGGAGAAGACGGCAUUUGCAGACAUCUUCCGGGGGGCCGGGUGGCAGGCUGAGAAUCUGGUGGAGUCCAUGAGGGACGCUGAUGACUUCUAUUGCGAGCGGUUGGGGCUUGUCAAGUUGGAAUCCUGGUUCCGCGGCCGUGUGGCACUGGUUGGAGAUGCCGCUUACUGCCCAACCGUCCUCACGGGCAUGGGAACUACAAGUGCCGUAGUUGGUGCUUAUAUUCUGGCUGGCGAGAUCGAGAGACAGUGUGGAGAAAUUGGAAGUCGGGACUCCAUUCCGAGCGCUCUCAAGGCUUAUGAGAGAACGUUUCGGCCUUUCAUGAACGAAAUGCAGAAAGGUGUGUUGGAAAAUUCACCGCGCCAGUGGGACAUGAUGGGAUCUGCCUUCAGUGUUGCUGUUAUCAACUGGGUUUUCAGCCUCGCUUCGUACUUUAAGGUCAAGGCUGGGUUGUUCGGAGUUCGUGAGACUGUGAAGGGAUGGGAGCUUCCUCACUACGAGAAUAUGGCACUAGAUUAG